ACUAUACAUUUCAUUGUCGAUCAAAAAUGUCAACCGUAUAUAAACCGAUGAUUGAAGGUUUUCGGAUAUGGUAUAAAUGCAUUCGAAGUAUACAUACAAUACUAAAAUUAGACGGACCCAUGCACAGCUGGCGAGUUUAGAAUUCUAUCCAUAUUGGAUAUAAAGAGUUAAUUUAUUUUAUUAUAAAUAUGGAAGGAUUUAUGUUUUAUUGUAUUCAGCAUUCGUCCGUACAGUACCAUGGAUAUCUAGAUGAAAAACAGGAUUACGAUGGCAGCUUUAGCUUAAUCUUUACAUUGCCCGAGAAAGUUGGGGCACUUUGUGGAGCAUUGAGAAUAUUCGAGAAACACCGUGUGAACCUUCAUCAUAUAGAAUCUCGUCCCUCCAAACAAGACAAGGCGUUGUAUGCGUUCUUCGUAUCAUGUGACAACAAAACAGGAGGACUCAAAGAAGCCAUACAAGAACUUAAGGAGAAAUCUACGACAUUUAGUAUAUUGUCAAGAGAUUCUGAUAAAGAUGCUAUUCCAUGGUUUCCACGAAAGAUUGUUGAACUGGAUCGUUUUGCAAACCAGAUUUUAAGCUACGGAUCAGAAUUGGAUUCAGAUCACCCUGGGUUUACUGACAAAAUUUACAGAGCAAGACGAAAAGAGUUCGCAGACAUAGCAUUUAAUUACAAACAUGGACAAGAAAUACCAAGAGUUACCUACACACCGGCCGAAAUUAAAACGUGGGGGACCAUCUUCAGAGAAUUAACAAAGUUAUACCCAACACAUGCUUGUCGUGAGUUCAACCACAUAUUCCCCCUGUUGUGUGAUAACUGUGGGUUUAAAGAGGACAACCUACCACAAUUACAAGAUAUUUCAAACUUUUUACAAGACUGCACAGGAUUCAGAUUACGACCUGUAGCUGGAUUACUCUCGUCACGUGAUUUCCUUGCUGGUCUAGCGUUUCGAGUAUUUCAUUCUACUCAAUACAUCAGACAUGGAUCAAAACCAAUGUACACACCAGAACCAGAUAUAUGCCAUGAAGUACUUGGACAUGUGCCUUUAUUUGCUGAUCCGUCAUUUGCACAGUUCUCACAAGAAAUUGGAUUGGCAAGUCUUGGUGCACCAGAUGAAUACAUUCAAAAAUUAGCUACGUGUUACUGGUUUACGGUUGAGUUUGGAUUAUGUAGACAAAAUGGUGAAAUAAAAGCUUAUGGUGCUGGACUGUUGUCAUCGUUUGGUGAAUUACAGUAUUGUGUAAGUGACAAGCCUGAAACAAGAUCAUUCGAACCAGCAAAGACAGCUGAACAACAAUAUCCUAUCACAGAGUUCCAGCCAAUCUAUUAUGUAGCAGAUAGCUUUGAUUCGGCUAAGGAUAAGAUGAGGGCAUUUGCAUCUACUAUACCAAGACCUUUCAGUGUCAGAUACAACCCUUACACACUAUGUGUUGAGGUUAUUGACAGCAAAGAUCAGAUAAUCAAUCUUACAAAGACAAUCAAAGGCGAUUUAUCACUUUUGGAGGAUGCUUUGGCAAAGUUGGGAAACAACAAAAAAGCAUAAUUAUCAUAUCCUGUGGUAGUAAACAUCUGACCACGGAUCAUACACAUGACAAGAACUUGAUCUUUUUUUUUAUCUUUGUUGGACUUUUUGUUUAUGUUCUGUUUACAAAACAAAACUUAGUUUUCUCCUUAAACAAUAUACAGGUUUACAUUGUUGAUAAUCUACAACGGAAAAUAGCUAAUUUUCCACUCACACUGUCAAAUAUGUUUUUAAUAUAUGUUACAUUGUUGAUUUUGUUUUAUUUUAAUUUUCACACAUAACGAGAAUUUUAACUGAUAUAUAUCCAUUUAAUGUUUUACUUAUUUCAUAUGAUGUUACAUUGAAACAUUGUAUAUAUUUGUGAAUAGAACGAUUUUAAUAAAGAUAUGAAUUGAUUUCAUUUAUAUAGAGGAUUUUAAUUCUUGAAGUUAUUAAAUUUGAGUAUGGGUUUAUUUAUAUUUACUCUAAAUAUCAACACAACAAUGAUAAACCUGUUGUUUUUCCCUCGACGGGAUUUGACUCCUGUAUAUAUAACAUUCUAUAUAGUUCGAUUAUAAUUAGAAAAGAAAUUUUGCUCUCUCAACCAAGUACCAUUGUUCUUGACAGAUAACAUUUGUGAAUACAUUUUAAAGUAUGUCGAAGUUGUGCUUUAUUUCAAUCAUUGCAAUGUAAUUAAAGAUAUAGGACAGUAUUGAUUUAAUGUAAUAAUUUUGUUUGCAACAUUGUUAUCUUAAAAUGUAAAGUUUUAUAUCAAAAACUCAAUAGGGCAUAGUAUACAGAGAUUAUAGAAAGUGGUUAUUUUGGCAUACGGCAUGCAGGAUUUGCUUUCAAACUACUAAACUAGGUUGAAGGAUUCUUGCGUUUUCAUAUUUUUAAUUGUUUACACAUUAUACAUGUUAUAUUAUAUAUAAAUGUUUUUGAAAUGACAAACAUUUGGGAUACUGGUAUCUAGUCACAUAUUUUUAUUACACGCUGAUAUUUCCAAGAGUGGAGAUCCCCUUACUAUCUGGCAAUUCUAAUCGAUAUAACGAAAUAGUUUUUAAAAGACCGGCUUUUUAGUGAAAACUUUAUUUGAAUUUAUUAUAAUCUGCUCUGGCACUUUUUAAUUUCAUAAAAAAGUAUAUUGUUAUAUUUUGAUACAUAUAUGUUAUGUUUUUUUAACUGCCAAAAUUUAAAUACUUUUUAAAUAUAUAAGUUUAUCCUUGCUAAGUGGCAUUGAGAACGAUAUUUUAAAUACUGAGAAAGUAAUGUGCAGAAUUUGAUUAAAUUAGGAUAUAGCUACAAGAGCUUACAUUAGAUAUCUUAAAAAAAAGAUCACCAAGUUAACCAGAAAUAUUUGCGAAAGUAUGCUUGUAUAUUUGAUGUAAUAAUUGUCCUAAAACCACAGAUGUUAUUAGAAAUUGUUAUUUUAUUCAUGUUUGAUGCGUUAUUUGUUGACAAUAAACAGGUGAUAUAUG